UAUACACUACAACUAUCGUCUCAACUACCAUGGAUCCGCAUCAAGAGCAACAGGCAGCUCUGCUCAAUAGAAUUGCACUGAACGUGGAAAAGCUAAAUGAAUCAGUAGAGCAAUUGAAUGAAAAGUUGAAGCAGAUCAAUGAGGAGAAUCAUUCAACAGCAGUGAUCGCACAAAUCUGGAAUAAUUAUUCUAGGAAUGUGUAUAUUAUGCUGGAGGGUCUUGGUGGAUUGCAACCACCGGAAUGAUCUCGACAAUGACAGCUUCUCCCAAAAGUAUCCAAAUCCAGGCACAUAAUAAUAUUAACGAUAAUAAAAUAAAAAAUAAUAAU